AUGGUAUUACCCAUGUGGGACAAUGUUUUGAUGGUGGAGCAACUGAAUUCCGUGAAGUUCUGUUUCAUGCGAAGAUGUUACCGUCAAGUGGGGUGUGUUAAGAGGUUCGAUAGUGUGCAUACUUGUGGGGUUGCUGUACCUAGUUGUAGGAACCCUCGUACGAGGUCUGAUUUGGUGUCUACCGUUGUUGCAGAUCGGGUGCGUGAUAAGCCACUGACGCGCCCUACUGAUGUUGUGUUUGAUUUGAAAAACGAGUAUGGUUUGGACAUUAGUUACCGGGUGGCAUGGUUGGGUGUUGAGAAAGCGAGGGGCGAAGUGUACGGGGAUCAUGCUACGUCCUUCGACCAGCUCAGGUGGUAUAGCGAUUUUGUUAUGCAAAAAAACCCAAACAGUUACAUUAACCUUAAGUUUGACCAAAAAAUCGGGAGCUUCGUUAGGUAUUUCAUAUCAUUCUACGCUUGUAUAGAUGGGUUCAAUCAUUGCCGUCCUCUGCUAUUUUUGGAUGGAACGUUUUCGAAAGGUAGAUUUAAAGGUAAUUUGCUUGCAGCUACUGCUAAAAAGGCCAAUCAAGCUUUUGCUAUUGUUGAUUCCGAGAAUUCAGCCAAUUGGGAAUGGUUUCUUCAUAAUUUGAAGAAGUUGUUGGGGGAUCGAAUGAAAUAUGUUAAUGCAUCGCACAAAAUUGGGUUGAUGCGGAAGUUGCGGGAAUGUGCCUAUGCGCCCACUGUUACUUGUUUUAAUGAGAAAUUUGAGGUAUUGAAGAAGGCCAACCCAACCGUGAUUGAAGAUUUUAUGAAAGACUUGCACCCAAAACACUGGUCUAAUGCAUAUUUCAGGCACUUUCAUGAUCCGCUUAAUGGGGGAGGGCGGUAUGGGGAGAUGUGCUCAAACGCUACUGAAUCUUUCAACAAUUGGGUCGGCGAGCCCCGGCAUCUUCCUAUCACUAGAUUGGUCGAUAUAAUAAGGGGUCAAAUAAUGGAGCAGAUGUCAGACCGCCGAGUUGAAUGCACUAAAUGGGCCGGUGUAAUUUGCCUGAAAAUGGAGAAAAAAUUGGUGGCAGCAUAUAAUGACAGCAGGGCCUGGUGUGUGAGCCAGGCUAAUGAUGAUGUGUACGAGGUUCACUCCAAUCCAUCGGUGUUGGUUGAUGUCAUCAAGCAGACAUGUUUCUGUUUUCAGUGGCGGAUAAACGGGUUCCCGUGUUCCCAUGCUGUCGUUGCAUUCCGUAAUAGUGGGAGAAACAUCUACGAUUCAAUAGACUCUGCAUUCUCCAUUGAUACAUUUUGA